CCCGUUAUUCCUCAUGUGGCUCAAAUAGGUAGUAGUGGCGUGCAAUCAAAUGAUCAAGAAUACGAAACACAACCAUUUUGCACUCAAGAUAGCUUAGAAACUAUUAACCUUGGUGAAGAUGUUGCAUCUGCACUGGUUGCAAAAAUGCCUAAGCAAAGGUUCCAACAAAAAGAGGAUGAAGUUCUCAUUCAAUUAUGGUUCAACGUUUCAAAGGAUUCAAUUGUUGGGGUUGAUCAAAAAGGAGAUAGUUUUUGGAACAAGAUUGGCGAAGCUUACAACAAGCAUCGUGACGACAAUUACAAAGAGAGGAAAUCAAUUACACUUAAAGGUCGAUGGCACAAAAUUAAUCCAUUUGUUCAAAAGUUUGUUGGAUGUUGCAAACAAGCCGUGUCUACACAACAAAGUGGGAGCUCCGAGAGCAAUAUCAUGCAAGCUGCAUAUAAAAUUUAUUUCCAAGAUGAAGGUGAAAAGUUUAUUUUUGAGGCUGCAUGGAGAUUAUUGAAAGAUGAACCUAAAUGGCUCGCAGGUUCAUUGGAAGCUUCUAAAAAAAGAACAAAUAAUUCAGCUUCAGAAGCAUAUUAUUCAUCUUCUAAUCCACCGACACCAACGAGUAGCGAAUACAAUCCACCAUCACCCACUUUGGCUCGUCGACCGAUCGGUCAAAAGGCAGCCAAAAGGAAGGAGAAGGAAAAGUUUGUGGAAAAGUCUACUACUCCCAAUAUUAAAUAUGAUCUUUGA